AUGGUGGACCUGGAGGAGAAGCGGGCGCAGGAACGGGGUGAGGGGAGGCGCUAUAGCCAACGCGCGAAGACACGCAGGGCGGAUAUUGCGGGAAAGUUGGACGGGGCGGUAAGCGGAGAGCAAACACGGGUCAGUCGGGCCUGGCAAUGGGUACGCGCGUGGCUAGGGAGGGGGGCGGGGUGGCAGAGAGAGAGAGAGGAGUCGCUAGGGGCAGGCGUGUGCGAAGGGGAAAACAGAAGGCGAUGAAGGGGUGGAGGACGAAGAGCUGGACGGAUCUGCCAGGUUCCGGUCGGCACCCCCGGUGGAACACCACGGGUGCAGCCUGCUUAAAGGAAGAGAGGAGAAUAGGCAGAAAAUUGCCCGCAACUCGCAUCAGGCGUGUGCGCGUACGUGGGGAGGGAUGACCUUGAGGGCAGGCACAACUGCACGCCGGAGGACGCGCACAUGCACAUUUCCGCGAAAUCUGUCUAUCACUGGUUGACUUUUUUGUCCGCCACCCCUGCGGUGUCAGCAAAGAGACGCGGCACACGUGCGGAAACGCGGCUUCCGCGUGAAUCAUUCGGGCGCACCGCGCACGCACGUGUGCUUCCGACAUCGAGGCACAUUGCGGACCAACGUGCCCUUUCCCUCUCUCCUAACAACAUCUGAUUUCUGAUUCUUCUUUUUCCGUUCUUCAUCCACUUCCUCUUUAUUCUCUCCCAAGGGAAUUCUACUCCCACGUUCAAUGAAGCCGUCUCCGCACAUUUCCACCCUCCUCCUCCCCCUCCUGCUCCCCCUCCUCCUCCUCAUCACCAUCAUGGCUAUCUUCGUAUUCCUUGCCGUUGUUGCUGUCGUCAUAAUCGCCGUCGUUUCCACCUCGAAAAAUUCAGCGGGAACAGCAGUGGAAAUAUCAUCGUCCAUCCUCUUCCUUAUGUGCCUCCUCUUUCUUCCUCCCAUCUUCAUCUUUCAGCCAGAUCGCAGUUGGUACCCAGGACCCGCAUUACAGGUGGCGGGGAGGGGUUUGUUUACUGGGGCUAUUUUAUGGGAUUCAAAAAUCACAUCUAACCCAUUUGACUUCCGUUUUACGCUUGAGGUUAGGAUUAAGGUACCGGUUAAGGGUUUCCGAUUUUCGGGUUAGGGUUAUGCAUUUAGGUUUAGGUUUUCGGGUUACGGUUAGGGUUUAAGCGUGCGAUUAGGUUUCAGUAUUACGGUUAGGUUUUUUAGUUACGGCUGUCUAAGAAUAACGGCUACGUUUACGAUUUCGGUUAGGGUUGGGGUUGCCGUCAGGGUUAAUGGUUAGCGUUUAAGGUUGAGGUUAUGGUUAGGGUUAAGGUUAGGAUUAAAGGUAAGGUCGCCGUCCGCAUCCCCAUUCCUGGCGAUCUAACCCAUCUUUCUCUUGUCCUACUUUUCAAUUGUUGGUUAAAGGGGUCUUGCGUAACGCUUCUGCUGCUGUUUCACUGAAUAAUAAUAGUAAUAAUGACGAUGAUGAGGAUGAUGAUGAUGGUGGUGAUGAUGAUGAUGAUGAUGAUGAUGAUGAUGAUGAUGAUGAUGAUGAUGAUGAUGAUGAUGAUGAUGAUGAUGAUGAUGAAGAUGAUGGAAAUGAGAAAGCAAAGUGCACUUUGUACUUGGCGUUAGAGGGGUCGUUUAACAGACUUUGA